GUAUUGUCACACCCAGUAUUAAAUGGCUACUGAUUUUGAAUUUUGAAGGCCAUUAGCUGAGCUGGAAAGAAAGUAUGAGAUCCUCAGGAAACAAGUCAGCUGUCACUAUUGGUACCCUUGGUGAUGAUGAACCUCUACCAGAGCUAUCAAAGAUAUUUCCCAGGCCAAGCUGGCAGCUACAAGCUUGUGUAGUGUCAGUACUGAUCAACCCUCUCAUGUAUCGAGUGUACCAGAUACUAGUAACCAUUGGCUACAUCCUCUGUCCUAUUGGAACCAGUGGGUCCUUUUCAACCUCUGCAUGUAUAUAUGCAUCUAACUUUGUGAUAUGUCCGGUGCCAGUGGUGGAUUUGAGCUGGACUGGAUUGUUUCCGUGUGAUCUGGGGUGGAGGGGAAGUGCCCUGGUCGUAGCUAUUGUAUCCGUGGUGUUUCUGGUGUCUUACUUGUUCAUCAGAGCUUGCUUGACUCGCUGGAAUCCACGAAGGAUCAUCAAACAGAUAGUAAAUUGCACAGUCAAAGAAAACGAGCGUAAAAGAGAAAGAGACAAGUUUGAUGUCUCUCUUGUAACAUUUUUUUUGACUCCUGUUCUGAGUUUUUCUCUGGUGGUGUUUUCACAUCAUUUGCUGCUUCAGUGCGGAGAUGUGGAGUCUAAUCCAGGACCAGGAAACUCCCCAGAAUACAAGACGAUGUUGUCCUGCACACCACAGCUCAAUGACAUCAUAACUCAGGACCCACAGAAAACCUGUGAUGAGAUGAUUGCAGCUGGUCUCAUUCAGUCGGUUCACAUUCGAGAUUUUAUCCGCCACCCCACACACACCGACCGUGCCAAGGCAACCAAGUUGGUAGACGUCAUGACAGAUCGAGUCAGGGCCUCUUCCUCUGACUUUGACAAAUUUAUGGAAAUCCUGAAAACAUUGUCCUGGACUGAACGCCUUGUAGGCAUCCUCCAGAGCACCUAUCAGCAGAUUCUGAAGUUGAUUGAAGAGGAAAAACUGGUGGUCCCCAUGCAGACUAUGGUGGCAGCACUUAGAGCUCCAUCUGUAGGAGAGAAUGAUGUUGCUAUAGACAUUGAGGAGCGUUACAUAUCAAUUAGGUCUCCACCUUCAAGUCCGCAGUUGGAAGAGGAAACAAAAGAUAACAAAGCAGCAGUGAAGGUUCUCAAACGAAAAAACAGUUUUGUGAUCAAAGAUGAAUUUGCUGACCUUUCUAUUGAAACAAAAAACAUCUUGAAGCAAAGUAAUGUCACUAUUAUCGAUUUCAAACUUCGACUAAUGAUUCUUUGUGGCGAUGUGCCGGACUUGGAUGAUUUUGAUAAGAUUUUUGCCUAUUACGUGAACAGUGCGGAAUGGUCUCAUAUGAAUAGUGAUGUUCUGUGUCAACUUAUUGAACGAUUUGGGGACAAAAAGUUGAAAAAACUAAAAAAGGAGUUUGAAGAAAAGAAGGCAGGAUAUUUAGUGGCGACUAAAAUCAGUGACUACAUUACAAAGAAUACGGUUUCAAAUCAAAGUAAUUGCACUGGAGGUCGCCGAAGGAACAGUAAAGGCUAUCGAGACCAGCUAAAAAUGAAGCUGAAACUUGAGGUGAACAUAAGUACGCUAACUUUGAAAUACAUUACUGACCUGUGGAAGAAAUUGGCUUACCUAAACCUACCUAACAUUUAUUUGAUUUUGGACAGUAUUGUUAGCGGUAGUCUUUGGGUUACAUGGUCUAUCACUCUUCCACGUAUUGCUUCUGAAUUUCAAGACAAAGUGAAGCAUCCAGAAGCUUUGAAAUUCUUCAAAGACAACCUCAUUGUUCAAGUAAUACUUAAUGGUCAGUGUCUGUAUUCUGCAAAUGGAGAAGAAUUAACUGACUCCAUGAAAAGCUCUGCCUCUGUGUUUUCACCAUCCGGAUCUAUUGGGGAACAUACUGAACCAUUUAAAAAGAAGACAAUCUCGGAGAAGUUGCUGGCAGAAUGUCGCAGUGAGACAGCUGACAUUGAAGUGGUGAGAGGCUACCUGGAGCAAGAAGACUGUGACGUCAAUAUCAGAGAUGAUGAUUGGUGCGGAGAUGUGGAGUCUAAUCCAGGACCUGGAAACACUGGAUAUGAGAGAAUGGUUUCUUGUGCUGAGAGGAUUAUUGAGGGCCUUUCCAGAGACUCCAUUGGAAUAGCUAUCUCACUGUUCUCGAAGGGACUUAUAUCUGAUGCUGUUAUGAUGGAGACAAUAGAAUUGAAUGAAACUAAAGUGGACAAAGCUAGAAGACUCUUCACAGCUGUUUUAGAGGCUGUUAAGCUUAAUCCAGGGAGGUACGAUGAUUUCUUAGCGAUACUUCGAGAGCAUGGAGUGUACACGGAUCUAUUGGAAAUGCUUGAAAUCAAAGAAAGAGGUGAAGCAACAACUGAAAGUGAACCCGUUCCUUCUGAGGAGGAAGUUGUAGCUAGACGUCAACAUCUUAAUGCUGCCAAACCAUUUCAUCUGCUACUCCCCCUUCAGAUGAAUAAAAAGAUACAUCAGAGUGAUUUGAAACAAGUUUAUGAGCUAUUGCUUCCUGCUAGGACCAUCUGGUUCAACUUAGGAAUUGCUCUCGGACUAAGCUCAAGCACACUGGCUGGCAUUGAGGAAAACAAUGUAUUUAAACCCGAUAAGUACCUCAUGAAGAUGCUUGAGAUCGUCCUUCAUACUAACACCAAUCUCACUUGGUCUGGUUUGUGUGAAGCCCUUAGGACACCAUCAGUGGCUCGUAAUGAUGUGGCCGAAGAUAUUGAAGCAAUGAUUCGUACAAAACGAAAAAGUCCAAUCCUUCGUAACGAUGGAAAUUCUGAGGAAGGACUGAAAAUCCCUCCAGCUCAGCUUCCAGAACCAGAGUCCUCCCCAGAAUACAACACGAUGUUGUCCUGCACACCACAGCUCAUUACCGCUAUAGCUCAAGACCCACUGACAAUCUGCGAUGAGAUGACUGCAGCUGGUCUCAUUCAGUCGGUUUACAUACGAGAAUUUAUCCGCUACCCCAUGCACACUGACCGUGCCAAGGCAACCAAGUUGGUGGACUUCAUGACGGAUCGAGUCAAGACCUCUCCCUCUGACUUUGACAAGUUUAUGAAUAUCCUGAAAAUAUUUCCCUGGACUAAGAGUGCCAUUACAGACAUUCUCCAGAAGAAGUUGAUCAAAGAGGGAAAACUGAAAGAGGGGACUCUGAUGGUGACCUCGGAUAAGUUGCUGGCAGAAUGUCGCAGUGAGACAGCUGACAUUGAAGUGGUGAGAGGCUACCUGGAGCAAGAAGACUGUGAUGUCAAUAUCAGAGAUGAUGAUAGGUGCGGAGAUGUGGAGUCUAAUCCAGGACCUGGAAACACUGGAUAUGAGAGAAUGGUUUCUUGUGCUGAGAGGAUUAUUGAGGGCCUUUCCAGAGACUCCAUUGGAAUAGCUAUCUCACUGUUCUCGAAGGGACUUAUAUCUGAUGCUGUUAUGAUGGAGACAAUAGAAUUGAAUGAAACUAAAGUGGACAAAGCUAGAAGACUCUUCACAGCUGUUUUAGAGGCUGUUAAGCUUAAUCCAGGGAGGUACGAUGAUUUCUUAGCGAUACUUCGAGAGCAUGGAGUGUACACGGAUCUAUUGGAAAUGCUUGAAAUCAAAGAAAGAGGUGAAGCAACAACUGAAAGUGAACCCGUUCCUUCUGAGGAGGAAGUUGUAGCUAGACGUCAACAUCUUAAUGCUGCCAAACCAUUUCAUCUGCUACUCCCCCUUCAGAUGAAUAAAAAGAUACAUCAGAGUGAUUUGAAACAAGUUUAUGAGCUAUUGCUUCCUGCUAGGACCGAAUGGUUCAGCUUAGGACAUGCUCUCGGACUAAGCUCAAGCACACUGGCUGGCAUUGAGGAAAACAAUGUAUUUAAACCCGAUAAGUACCUCAUGAAGAUGCUUGAGAUCGUCCUUCAUACUAACACCAAUCUCACUUGGUCUGGUUUGUGUGAAGCCCUUAGGACACCAUCAGUGGCUCGUAAUGAUGUGGCCGAAGAUAUUGAAGCAAUGAUUCGUACAAAACGAAAAAGUCCAAUCCUUCGUAACGAUGGAAAUUCUGAGGAAGGACUGAAAAUCCCUCCAGCUCAGCUUCCAGAACCAGAGUCCUCCCCAGAAUACAACACGAUGUUGUCCUGCACACCACAGCUCAUUACCGCUAUAGCUCAAGACCCACUGACAAUCUGCGAUGAGAUGACUGCAGCUGGUCUCAUUCAGUCGGUUUACAUACGAGAAUUUAUCCGCUACCCCAUGCACACUGACCGUGCCAAGGCAACCAAGUUGGUGGACUUCAUGACGGAUCGAGUCAAGACCUCUCCCUCUGACUUUGACAAGUUUAUGAAUAUCCUGAAAAUAUUUCCCUGGACUAAGAGUGCCAUUACAGACAUUCUCCAGAAGAAGUUGAUCAAAGAGGGAAAACUGAAAGAGGGGACUCUGAUGGUGACCUCGGAUAAGUUGCUGGCAGAAUGUCGCAGUGAGACAGCUGACAUUGAAGUGGUGAGAGGCUACCUGGAGCAAGAAGACUGUGACGUCAAUAUCAGAGAUGAUGAUAGGUGCGGAGAUGUGGAGUCUAAUCCAGGACCUGGAAACACUGGAUAUGAGAGAAUGGUUUCUUGUGCUGAGAGGAUUAUUGAGGGCCUUUCCAGAGAUCCCAGGGGACUGGCUACCUCACUGUUGUCUAGGGGACUGAUAUCUGACACUGUUCUGAAGAAAACAAUAGAAUUGAAUGAAACUAAAGUGGACAAAGCUAGAAAACUCUACACAACCAUUUUUCAGAUUGUAACGGAGUAUCCAGAGAGGUACGAUGAUUUCUUAGCGAUACUUCGAGAGAAUGGAGGAAUGUACACGGAUCUAUUGGAAUUGCUUGAAGCUGAAGCCACUCCUAAUUCACAGCAAGAAAGACGUCCCAUUCCACAACCAAGACUAUCUCCUCAUCACCAAAAAGUCCCUCCAGCUCAGCUUCUAGAACCAGUCUACUCCCCAGAAUACAAGACGAUGUUGUCCUGCACACUACAGCUCAAUGACAUCAUAGCUCAGGACCCACAGAGAACCUGCGAUGUGAUGAUUGCAGCUGGUCUCAUUCAGUCAGUUCACAUUCGAGAUUUUAUCCGCCACCCCACACACACCGACCGUGCCAAGGCAACCAAGUUGGUGGACUUCAUGACAGAUCGAGUCAGGACCUCUUCCUCUGACUUUGACAAGUUUAUGGAAAUCCUGAAAAGAUUGUCCUGGACUGAACGCCUUGUAGGCAUCCUCCAGAGCACCUAUCAGCAGAUUCUGAAGUUGAUUGAAGAGGAAAAACUGGUGGUCCCCAUGCAGACUAUGGUGGCAGCACUUAGAGCUCCAUCUGUAGGAGAGAAUGAUGUUGCUAUAGACAUUGAGGAGCGUUACAUAUCAAUUAGGUCUCCACCUUCAAGUCCGCAGUUGGAAGAGGAAACAAAAGAUAACAAAGCAGCAGUGAAGGUUCUCAAACGUAAAAACAGUUUUGUGAUCAAAGAUGAAUUUGCUGACCUUUCUAUUGAAACAAAAAACAUCUUGAAGCAAAGUAAUGUCACUAUUAUCGAUUUCAAACUUCGACUAAUGAUUCUUUGUGGCGAUGUGCCGGACUUGGAUGAUUUUGAUAAGAUUUUUGCCUAUUACGUGAACAGUGCGGAAUGGUCUCAUAUGAAUAGUGAUGUUCUGUGUCAACUUAUUGAACGAUUUGGGGACAAAAAGUUGAAAAAACUAAAAAAGGAGUUUGAAGAAAAGAAGGCAGGAUAUUUAGUGGCGACUAAAAUCAGUGACUACAUUACAAAGAAUACGGUUUCAAAUCAAAGUAAUUGCACUGGAGGUCGCCGAAGGAACAGUAAAGGCUAUCGAGACCAGCUAAAAAUGAAGCUGAAACUUGAGGUGAACAUAAGUACGCUAACUUUGAAAUACAUUACUGACCUGUGGAAGAAAUUGGCUUACCUAAACCUACCUAACAUUUAUUUGAUUUUGGACAGUAUUGUUGGUGGUAGUCUUUGGGUUACAUGGUCUAUCACUCUUCCACGUAUUAUCACUCUUCCACGUAUUGCUUCUGAAUUUCAAGACAAAGUGAAGCAUCCAGAAGCUUUGAAAUUCUUCAAAGACAACCUCAUUGUUCAAGUAAUACUUAAUGGUCAGUGUCUGUAUUCUGCAAAUGGAGAAGAAUUAACUGACUCCAUGAAAAGCUCUGCCUCUGUGUUUUCACCAUCCGGAUCUAUUGGGGAACAUACUGAACCAUUUAAAAAGAAGGCAAUCUCGGAGAAGUUACUGGCAGAAUGUCGCAGUAAGACAGCUGACAUUGAAGUGGUGAGAGGCUACCUGGAGCAAGAAGACUGUGACGUCAAUAUCAGGGAUGAUUAUUGGCUCCACAGGAGUCCAUUGAUGUGGGCUCUUGAGAACAAACACUUUGAUAUUGCCAAACUGCUCCUGCAAUACAAGCCUCAAGUUCGUAUUCAGGACACGAGAGGGUGGUCUCCGUUGGUGAUGGCCAGUAGAGCAGGAGACCUGGAGAUAGUGCAGGGAAUAGUGGCACUGGGAGCAGAGAUUGACCUGCCCACAAAUGUAAAAUGGACUCCUCUGAUGUGGGCUGCUCAAGAGGGUCAUGCAGAGGUGGCUAGAUUUCUACUGGAGAAGGGAGCAUUUGUGGAUUUCCCUGACGAGAAUGGGUGGACUCCAGUCAUGCAAGCCAGUCAGGAAGGUCAUGUGGACGUGAUCAAUAUCUUGCUGGACCACAACGCUAAAGUCAACCAUCAGACUGAAACAACCUGGUGUGCUCUGAUGGCGGCUGCUAAGAACAAGCACAGUGAUGCGGUGGACACACUUCUAAAGAGAGGAGCUCAAGUGGACAUACAGAGAUAUGAUGGAUCCACCACACUGCAUGUUGCAAGCUAUUACAAAGGCAACUCUGCUGUCAUGAAGACCUUAUUCAAACAUAGAGCAAAUAUUGAUCACCUAAAUAAGGAUGGCAUGACUGCUCUGAUGCUGGCCACUAACAAGGGUCACCUGGGUGUAGUUCAGGACCUCAUUCAGGGAGGAGCAGACACUAACAAACAACACCCUGAGACAGGAUGGACUGCCAUUUUAUUUGCUGCCAAAAGUGGUAAAAUUAACAUUUUCAAAGAAUUACUUUACAAUGGAGCAAAAACUGAUAUUGAGGGAAGGAAUGUGGUUGAUGUUGCAAGCAUGUUCAAACGUGGAAAAAUUCUUUCUGAGCUUAAAACAUUUGAGCAAGCAUCACACAGAAUUAUCUCCAGUAGUGUGAAUCCACCAAGUUUAGAGGCAGCUGAGCCAACUUCAGUAGAACAAGAACCAUCCAUAACUGAACCAAAGGUUGAGAUACCACCUGAGGAGGUCACUAAACCAGAGCAAAAGUUGGCUGAGGACUCCACAGAAGAGGUGAUAAUAGAGCCUCCACAGCUGCCUGACCCUGAGGCAGUGAAGCCUUCACUCUCCACCACUGAGGCUAAGGAGAAAGAAGUGCCUGCUGUUGGAGAAACUGUUGUGCAGGCUAUAGCUAAGGAAAAAGAAGUGGCUGCUGAUGAAACUGUUACAGAACAAGUAACACAAGGGAUGUCUCAAUCAAGUAUUAAAACCACAAAGGAGCAAAUCAAGAAGUCAUCAGAAGCCAAGAAAGACAUCAAAAGGCAGGCAGAGAUUAUUGACCUGCUACUGAAAGGACUCGAUCAAAGAAUGGCAGACCCACGCAGCAACAUGUAUCAGUAUAAGCAAACCAACAUUGCUAAUGUUAUUGGAGGCAGGAAAGGAGUGAAACCAUCUGAAGAGAUUACUCACAAACUAAAGGCACCGGAAAUUACUCGACCAGAAAUUACUCAACCGCUUAGUGGAAUUAUUACAACCACUCAGAGUGGCUUCACUCGGGUAGACCCUGAUGAUGAUCUCUAUAAUCUACACAUUCUUUCAGUACUAAUUAAUGCUAAGAAGCGUACUAGCACUUGCACUAUGGCUGAUGCGAGUGCUACGCCUAUGAUAAUAAACACUACAUCUGAGAAUGGACCAGAGCCCUGUGAUGAGAAGAAUUUUCUGAAUGCCAUUGCUGAUCUAAAAGUGGAGAAAGUCCGUGAUCUUGCCCUGCAGCUUGGUGUUGAUACACCUUACUUGAAUGACAUUCAGAGCACAGACAAGGAGGAGAGGAAGAUGAAACUGACUCAAGUGUUAUUCUCACAGAAACGACCUACCUGGGAGACAAUCAUAGAUGCUCUGGAAUCUGAAUGCAUGAAUGAGAAUCACAUUGUCCGAAAAAUUAAGCGAUUUUAUUUUCUCAAAAGCACUUCCAUUGAUAUCGAUAGGCCAAAGUCACCACUAACACCAGUUUCUCUGCAACCGUUUCAAGACAAAGAUUUCCCCGAAUGUGAAGAGAAGGAUGUUCUCAAUGCUGUUACUAGGCUUGAUGAUAAGAAGGUGUCAAGCUUAGCAGUCCAGCUAGGCAUUGAAAAGCCUCAAUUAGACGACAUUAGUAGCUGCUCUACGGAAACGAGGAAGUCCAAACUGGCGGAACUAUGGUUUAGGCACGCUAAAGACAAGCCCCCAACUUGGGCAUCUUUGUUGAAUGCAUUGAAGGCUCCUAGUAUGCAAGAGGACUGGUUAGCUGACUAUAUCCGAAAGAAAUACGUUGAGAGAGAGAGAGAAGUAAUUUCCAUGAACACAGACAACGAGGAUUCUUUUCAGUUCCAGUUCUCCCAGCAGCAACUAGAUCUAGAAAGACCGAUACUUGAACUGCAAGAUACAGCUGCUGAUGAACGAACACCAAUGGAAAUGGCAGGCUCUGCUCCCGUUGUAGAUGUCUCUGAGCUCAAAGACAAAUUACAAGCACAUGCCAAUAAACAGAAUAGAGCACAAAUCAAGGAAUCCUUUGAGAACCUACUCGAUAAAAUUGCCAAUGAAUUAAAGAGUUACAAUAUCCGUUCUAGUGAAGUUAAAGAUCAUGUCCAAAAGUUUAUUGAUAGUCGCCCUAGUUUUCUCCGCACCAAGAAUCGUCGACAAAUACAAAUCAAUAAUCUUUUUAACGAAAUUAGCAGGAAUAAAUUAUGGAGUUUCGACAAUUGUGGUCUUGUUCAACAUGUCACUGGCAUCAAGGGGGCUGUUCAAUCAAAAGUCAGAAUGCGUACUUGGUUGCAAAAAUACAAGAAAGAGUAUAAUGCAUAUUGUGUUUCAGAAAAACUAGCUGUAAUCAUCCCGUAUCAUUUUGAAGAGGGGUUCGACAAUGAUUUAGAUCGAUAUCCUACUCAUCUCAAACAAGAGCUCAAACUACAUGUUAAAUAUAUGGUUAUCGAUGAUGACUCACUGAAGUACAUUGAUGAUCUAUGGGAAGUAAUCGUAGAGAGUUUCAAGAUCCCCUCUAUGACAGCUCUACUAAAAAGCAUUGUACACAAUUGCUUGAUAAUCACAUGGCUAAUAGAACCGAGUUGGGCUUGCUGCAUACUGAGUGAAAUAUUUGGUUCGAUUUCGUUUUUCACAAAACAUUUGAUAACCAAAGUGUUGCUUGGAGACGUUUGUAUUUAUGAUGAGCACAGUGGAAUUAUUGCGGACAACAAAGUUCUGGGUACUUUGUGGCUAAGGCAGGCAAGCUUGAGUGGUCGAAUUCAAAAAUUUAAGGAAGUACUUGCUCAGCCAAUGAUAGACAUUAAUACAGUCCUCUCUUCCGAUGGAGCCACACCUCUCACCAUUGCCUCCAUGUGUGGUCAUGUGGAACUAGUGGAGUUCCUCCUGAGCAAUGGGGCUGACUCAAAUAUUAAAAUGGCCAAUGGACAAACGGUGCUGCACCUGGCCGCACUUGAGGACUACCCAGAUGUGGUGGAAUUACUUCACACACACAACCGUGAGCUAGCUGGAGAACGUGAUCAGAAUGACUACUCAGCUUUGAUGGAGGCAGCUGCUCAUGACCAUGUUGAUGUCAUUCUUGUACUAGUGUCCCAGCAGGAUGAUCUAGGAGACACAGAAAUCCCUACCUUGAAUGAGGCUUUCCAUCUUGCUUUGAUAAAAGGGCACACUGACUCUGUCGAGAUUCUUCAGAAACACGGAGCCAACACUUUGAACACUGCUGAGGAGGGGGAAAGUCCACUGGUAGUAGUAGCUGGUACUGAGCACAAAGAUGAAGUGGAGAGUACUAUCUCGGAUAAGUUACUGGCAGAAUGUCGCAGUGAGACAGCUGACAUUGAAGUGGUGAGAGGCUACCUGGAGCAAGAAGACUGUGAUGUCAAUAUCAGGGAAAAUGAUGACUUCAAGUGGAGUCCAUUGAUGUGGGCUCUUGAGAAUAAACACUUUGAGAUUUGCAAACUGCUUCUGGAGUACAAGCCUCAAGUUCAUAUUCAGGACAAAAAAGAGUGGUCUCCGUUGGUGCUGGCUUGUAGAGCAGGAGACUUGGAGAUAGUGCAGGGAAUAGUGGCACUGGGAGCAGAGAUUGACCUGCCCACAAAUACAAAAUGGACUCCUCUGAUGUGGGCUGCUCAAGAGGGUCAUGCAGAGAUGGCUACAUUUUUACUGGAGAAGGGAGCAUUUGUGGAUUUCCCUGACGAGAAUGGGUGGACUCCAGUCAUGCAAGCCAGUCAGGAAGGUCAUGUGGACGUGAUCAAUAUCUUGCUGAACCACAACGCUAAAGUCAAUCAUCAAACUGAAACAACCUGGUGUGCUUUGAUGGCGGCUGCUAAGAACAUGCACAGUGAUGCGGUAGACACACUUCUAAAAAGAGGAGCUCAAGUGGACAUACAGAGAGAUGAUGGAUCCACCACACUGCAAGUUGCAAGCUAUUACAAAGGCAACUCUGCUGUCAUGAAGACCUUAAUCAAACAUGGAGCAAAUAUUGAUCACCUAAAUAAGGAUGGCAUGACUGCUCUGAUGCUGGCCACUAACAAGGGUCACCUGGAUGUAGUGCAGGACCUCAUCCAGGGAGGAGCAGACACUAACAAACAACACCCUGAGACAGGAUGGACUCCCAUUUUCUUUGCUGCCAAAAGUGGUGAAAUGGAUAUUUUCAAAGAAUUACUUCAUAAGGGAGCAAGAACUGAAAUUGAAGGAAGGAAUGUGGUUGAUGUUGCAAGCAUGUUUAAACGUGAAGAAAUGCUUUCUGAACUCAAAACAUUUGAGCAAGCAUCACACAGAAUUAUCUCUAGUAGUGUGAAUCCACCAAGUUUAGAGGCAGCUGAGCCAACUUCAGUGGAACAAGAACCAUCCAUAACUGAACCAAAGGUCGAAAUACCAACUGAGGAGGUUACUAAACCAGAGCAAAAGUUGGCUGAGGACUCCACAGAAGAGGUGAUAAUAGAGCCUCCACAGCUGCCUGACCCUGAGGCAGUGAAGCCUUCACUCUCCACCACUGAGGCUAAGGAGAAAGAAGUGCCUGCUGUUGGAGAAACUGUUGUGCAGGCUAUAGCUAAGGAAAAAGAAGUGGCUGCUGUUGAAACUGUUACAGAACAAGUAACACAAGGGAUGUCUCAACCAAGUAUUAAAACCACAAAGGAGCAAAUCAAGAAGUCAUCAGAAGCCAAGAAAGACAUCAAAAGGCAGGCAGAGAUUAUUGACCUGCUACUGAAAGGAUUCGAUCAAAGAAUGGUAAACCCACGCAGCAACAUGUAUCAGUAUAAGCAAACCAACAUUGCUGAUAUCAUUGGAGGAAGGAAAGGAGUGAAAUCUUCUGAAGAGAUUACACAUAAACUAAAGGCACCGGAAAUUCCUGAACCGCUUAGUGGAACUAUUACAACCACCACCCCCACCACCACUCAGAGGGGCUUUACUUGGGUAGACCCUGAUGACGCACUCUAUAAUUAGCUGCAUUGUAAAUUCUUAUCAUGUGAUCUCGAGGUGAAUGUUUAUAAUACCACAACAUUGUACACAUUUUGA